AUGGCCUGGUGGGACGACGCGCGCAUCGAGGCGACUGUCACUCGCAGCUAUGUGUGCUCCCAUCUCAAGGCCCGCGAGGUCGAGCAGCUGGACUCCACGCCCGGGUUCGGCGAUGGCCUGACAAACGACACCUACUGGGAAUGGAUCGAGCAGAAGGCCAGGAGGAUAUUCCUCAUCCUCGUCGACCUCGAGAUGACGGAGCAGAUCUUUGGCAUGAUUGACAACUCGUGGGACGACACCGACCUGCCCAUCAACCCGGAGCAGGUCGAGCGCUUGACCCCGCGCUUUUCCAAGGACGACUCGCUCAGGAGGUUAUUUUACUUUCGCCAGUUUCACUACAUCCUCAAGCCGCUGCGCAAGGGCACCCAUAUCAACUACCAUGACAUGGACAUCGUCCCCAUCGAAGUCCCAGGCGCGAGGCAGAAACUGCUGCCGACUCAGUCCGCAGACAAGGUGAUGCUUCCCAACGAGCCCGGCAGGAUAUUCUGCCGUAGGCAUAUUCGGCUUGGACCCGAGCACGGUCUGUCCUCUGAGGAUUUCCAGGACGAGAUUGAGAGUAUCAGGACCAUCGAGAACGACCACUUGGUGUCGUACUGGGCGUCUUACAUUCACCGGAGUCAAGGAUACGUCCUCUUCACCCCCGUUGGUGCCCUUAGCCUAAAAUCAUUCCUGGCAAGCACGCCGGCAAGUGUCAAGAGCCUGGAGAAGCAGCUCAGGAGAUAUCUGAUCAUGGACUGGAUCCACUGCCUCGUCGACACUCUGGCGUUCCUCCACAGCAAAGGGCUGUCUCACGGGAACAUCAGGCCGUCGACGAUUCUGAUCACCGAAGACAAUCACAUAUUCUACUCGGGGUUCACGAAGUUAGGCUCCGAACUACUAACCGGGUCCACGGAGAAGUCUUCGUUCGAUCAGGAGUCAUACGUCUACGCCGCUCCAGAGCAGGGAUCUCGACCAUCGACGGGUUCAAAAGACGGACGUAGUCGCCAGAACGGUCUUCAGUCGCCAAAACAACCGGCGAGCGACUACGUCUUCUCCAUCAGCCGCCGCGAGUCGGGGGUGCGCAGUCCCACCAUCGCCACGGCGCCGGCCACCAGCCCCUGCCUGAACGCCCAGGCCGCCGACAUCUUCUCCCUCGGCUGCGUCAUCCUCGAGCUGGUCGGCUUCCUGGUCAAGCGGUCGUCACGGUCGUUUGCCGCCCACCGCUCCGCCAAGCACAAGACCCCGGGCAGGGGAGGGGCGCCGCCGGACGCGUCCUUCCACCGGAACCUGGGCCAGGUGGAGACGUGGAUGGCGGAGCUGGCCGAGGACGCCGUGUCGCAGCGCAAGAAGAAGGACGGCGACAUCUUCCUGAGCGGCGUGCCGCCGGUGCUGCAGAUGGUGGAGCGCAUGCUGGCCGCGCACCCGGCCGAGCGGCCCACGGCCCACGAGGUGCAGAUGCGCAUGUACGACGUCCUCACGGGGACCUGCGGCGUGGCCGAGCCGCACUGCGUCCACCAGUACAGCAGCUGGGGGUUCAACUUUGAGGGCCCACACCACCACCACCACCAGCAGGUGGCCUCGUCGCCCGACGCCAUGUCCGUGGCCGGGUGGUCGAGCGCGUCGUCCCAUCGCAGCAGCGAGCACAGCCGGGCGGGCAGGGCGAGCAACAUGUCCGGGGGCACGGACUCGAGCCAGGGCGGCGGCCGGGCGAGGGGGACGUGGCGGAGUUCCAUGUAUAUGGGCGUGGCAGGUUAG